AUGGCAGCUAAGUUCUUUGCCCUGCUGUCGCUGGCCCUUUUCGCCGCCGUCCAAGCGGAGUACAACUACAACGAGAAGUCGGCCAAGGCGGUCAACUCCCUGGAACGCAGUGCGUCCGGUAGUUCUGGCGAGGACUUCCUGAGCGACUACCACACGCCCAGCAACAAUGCCUUGAACUCGGAGGCCACGCCCGAUGGCUAUGACUAUUUGGCGCCCACCAGGAAUCAGUUUGCCGCCGGCAGUCGGACAGCCAGUGUUCAGGCCUCUAAUCUCCUCCAGAAUGCGGCCAGUGCGGCCAAUGCCGAGUCCGUUCUGCUGCCCUCACCGCUGCCCAUUCUUCGUCAGGAGCAGAAUUCGGAGGUGGUUUCCGCCGAUCAGCACCAGGAUCAGGAGGCAGUUCCCGUUAGUCAGAGUCAGCAUCAGAAUCAGGAUUCAGUGGUGGUCUCCUCCGUUCUUAGCCAACCUCGGGAGCCCGAGGUCUAUCCACCGGCCAGCUAUAGUUUUAACUAUGCCGUGAAUGACGAGAGCACCGGGGACAUCAAGGAGCACAGCGAAACCCGCGAUGGUUAUGUGGUGCGCGGCUUCUACAGCCUCAUCGAUCCCGAUGGCUACAAGCGCACGGUGACCUACACGGCGGAUGAUGUGCAUGGCUUCAAUGCGGUCGUUAACCGAGUGCCCUAUGCCCUCAAGGCGGUGGUUGUGCCAGUCGUCUCCUCGUCUCAGGUGGCCCAGCCCACUCCAUUUGUGGCCCGGGAUGAGCGCUCCAAGUCCGUGGAUGUCAGUCGAUCGUCGGGUGCGGCCAGCUUGGAAACUGAGCUAAGCGGUUCGGGUUCAGGAUCAUCCUCCUCUAGUGGUUCCGUUUCCGGAUCCGGUGUGACCAAUACCUUCGCCGAGGACAGCUACGCCAACGCCCCCCGAGGACUCGACGCCUCUGGAGGUCCCUACGCCUGAGUCCUGCUCCUCGGCUACGCACUCCUUGUAUAUUCCCUCAUUGUGCUUCAUCUAUUGCUAGUUUUCUAAUUAAUAAAUACAAAACGUUUGUUUAAAUAA